GGGUGAAUGUGAUUGUAGAAGAGUUCUUGUUUUGUAUCUCAGUUUCUCUCUUUUUAGACAAUUAAAUUUAAAAAGCCCGAAAUAAAUCUGGAAAAUGAAAUCUGUCUCUAUGAAGAGUACAUGAAUAUUCAUGUCAUAAAAGUACAUUCAAGAAGGGAUUCGGCGCGGAGAUACUGGGGUGUUUGUAAAUAUUUAUUUAAAUAAUUUGUGAGAGAGGAGAAGAGGGUUGACUGCUGCUCAACUAUAAGAGAGGAGGGGAGCUGGACAAAGGAAACUCAAGGAGACCCGCUUGUCCUGCUGCUGUGCCCCACCCGAGAGCUGAAUGGUGUUCAAAGCGGUGGAUGGCGUUAAGGCUGAAUGGGUCGGGGGUCUGAGCUGCAUUCAGAAGGGGUCCAUGAUGGAACUACAGACAUUGCAGGAGGCCCUGAAAGUGGAGAUACAGGUGCAUCAGCAACUGGUUGCCCAGAUGAAGCAGGAUCCUCAGAACGCUGAUCUGAAGAAGCAGCUCCACGAACUUCAAGCCAACAUCACGGCCCUGAGCGAGAAGCAGAAGAAGGUGGUGGAGCAGCUGAGGAAGGAUCUGCUGUUGAAGCAGGAGCAGCUGGACCUCCGGCCCCCUGUGCCGGCUGUGCAGCCGCUACAGCCGGACGGAAAGGUGUCUGCGCAGAUCCCGCUCGCUCACCUGCCACAGAGCCUGAUCACUCAGCAGAAGACAGUGACUGUCACCUCAGUACUCACCACUAAGACUCUACCUCUGUUGCUAAAAGCUGCCACGCCUGCCAUACCUGCCUCUGUGGUGACGCAGCGACCCACCGUCGCCAUGGUCACCACUAUCAGCAGCAUGGCCAAGCCCACUAUCAUGAACACUGACUCACAGAAUGCCCCACUCAACCUUCAGACAUCCGGCAAGCUGGCCAAUCAGGGAGCAGAAGCUGUGCGAGUAGUCUCUAGGAAUGCCGUCAUGGUCCGGCCCAAACUCGUCACCCCGACUGUGGCCAUCGCCCCGGCGCCCCCGCCCAUGGUGUCCGCCCCCCCGGCGCUCCAGCAGCCGCUGAUGCUGGCCACCCAGCUGACCGCCGCCUCGGGGCCCAUCCACCAGGUCCGCAUCCUCAACGGCCAGCCCCACGCCCCCGCCCCCGCUGGGCAGCUCGCCAGCAUCGUCUUCGCCGCGCCGACCGCCCCCCCCGACACUGCAGGUCACGGCUGCGUACGCAGCGUCUGUGUGCCAGCUGUUAAACCUCGCCGUGGGACAGAGCAGAAGGCAUCAGAGAGGCCUCCUUCCUCCCCCACCUCGCCCCCACUGCCAAAACCCAGACGGGAAGAGACCCCCCAGAAACUUGUCUUCAUGGGGUCCCUAGGACUCGUCACACAUGACUAUCUCCAAGAGAUUCAGAGCCGGAGACAAGAGCGCAAGCGGAGAACGACGGCCAAUCCGGUGUACAGCGGGGCAGCGAUGGAGCCGGAGCGCAAGAAGAGUGCAGUAACUUAUCUGAACACUCCUGUCCACCAAGGGCCCCGAAAGAGAGCCAAUGAGGACCCCUUGUCCAAGGGGGACAUCCAUGAGGACUUUUGUGCGGUGUGCAGGUGCAGUGGACAGUUGCUGAUGUGUGACACGUGCUCAUGUGUGUACCACCUGGACUGCUUGGAUCCCCCACUGAAAGCCAUUCCCAAAGGCAUGUGGAUCUGCCCCAAAUGUCAAGACCAGAUUGUGAAGAAAGAGGAGGUUGUGCCUUGGCCGGGUACUCUGGCUAUCGUUCACUCGUACAUCGCGUACAAAGCAGCUAAAGUGGAGGAGAAGCAGAGGCUGCUGAAGUGGAGCUCGGAGCUGAAGCAGGAGAGAGAGCAGCUGGAGCAGAAGGUCAAACAGCUCAGCGGCGCCAUAACGAAAUGCAUGGAGACGAAGAACAGCAUCCUGGCCCGGCAGGAGGAGAUGCGGGCCUCGCUGGAGAAAGCCAAAGACCUGGUGCACCUCAUCCGUGGCAUCCAGCUCAUCCAAUCCGAGGAGCCAGCCGCCCCCCCGCCAGGUAUCGCCAACGGCACAAUGGGCCACCCUGGCACUGACGCUAACAACCGGGACCACAGCGAAUCCGCGAACAACGCCAAAACCAUCGCGCCCGAGGACGGCACGGAAGGGCCGCUCGCAGGCGGAGAGGAGGGUGGCGGAAACAACAACAACGGAAAAACCUCAGAGCUCAGCCAGCGCACCGAGCCAGCCCCCGUCAGCAGCACAGAGAGCGCGAAAUAACACCUGCCCCGCGGCCACCCCAACCCCAGAGAGAGAGGGAGACUGCACUGCACCUGGGGGUGCUUCACAUCGCCAAUCAUAUAUUUAUAGAUAAAUGGCAUAUAUAUAUAUAUAUAUACCUUUUUGUGCGUAUUGCUGGAUCUGGAUAAGAGUGCCAGUCUGGGCAAAUGGGAAAGUGGGGCUUUGUACUGAUCUCAUGCCAAUUCACUAAUAAUAAUAAUAACAGUAAUAAUAAUAAUGCAGAUGAUAAUAAUGAUUUCAAACAUCACACCAAUGUGUGCCUGUAGCAUUCUUCUGGGGAUUUUGCCCUGGGGGGUCCUAGUUUUUACAGAUACAGAGGAGUCGGUGUCCAACUGACACCCAAAAAGUGUUUGCCAUGGGCCCCCUCCCAGCCCCGCCCUGCCCCACCCCACCCGGCCCCGCCCUAUUGUGGCGGAUUAGACAAUGUUUGAUUGUAUAUCGGAGCAGACUAUCAUCACAGUAGCCAGAUCCACAGCUGCAACAGCCACAGCUGUGUGGGCCCACAUUGCGGGAGGUCACCCGGGCUGAUGUAGGUUCUGGCUGUGCAGAUGUAGGUUCUGGCUGUGCAGAUGUAUGCUCUGGCUGCGCAGAUGUAGGCUAUGGCUGCGCAGAUGUAGACUCUGGCUGCACAGAUGUAGACUCUGGCCGCGCAGAUGUAGACUCUGGCCGCGCAGAUGUAGGCUCUGGCUGAGCAGAUGUAGACUCUGGCUGUGCAGAUGUGGACUCUGGCUGCGCAGAUGUAGACUCUGGCUGUGCAGAUGUAGGCUCUGGCUGUGCAGAUGUAGACUGGCUGUGCAGAUGUAGGAUCUGGCUGCGCAGAUGUAGGCUCUGGUGGCGCAGAUGUAGGCUCUGGCUGUGCAGAUGUAGGCUCUGGCUGCGCAGAUGUAGGCUCUGGCUGCGCAGAUGUAGACUCUGGCUGCGCAGAUGUAGGCUCUGGCUGUGCAGAUGUAGGACCUGGCUGUGUAGAUGUAGACUGGCUGUGCAGAUGUAGGAUCUGGCUGCGCAGAUGUAGGCUCUGGUGGCGCAGAUGUAGGCUCUGGCUGUGCAGAUGUAGGCUCUGGCUGCGCAGAUGUAGGCUCUGGCUGCGCAGAUGUAGACUCUGGCUGCGCAGAUGUAGGCUCUGGCUGUGCAGAUGUAGGACCUGGCUGUGUAGAUGUAGACUGGCUGUGCAGAUGUAGGCUCUGGCUGCGCAGAUGUAGGCUCUGGCUGAGCAGAUGUAGGCUCUGGCUGUGCAGAUGUAGGCUCUGGCUGCGCAGAUGUAGCAGCUGCCUUACACAGUCUAGCACUGCAAGAGGUGCCCCAGGCAUGGUUGCAUCAUAGGCGCAGUGCCAGACCAAUUUUGUGAAAUUCCUUUUUUUUUUGGGUCAGUGCAUCAACUUUCCAGGUACUGAUCUCAAAGUUGUGAAGAACAGUCUCAGAAAACAAAGAUAAUUUCUGAGCAGCGUUUAUUUUAAAGGAAAGGGUAUUCAGGUCUUCCUCAGCUUCAGAAAAAUAAGAAAAAUCUUUUUCCACUGCUUUUCUGUUUUACAAAACAGUUAUUUCUAUUAAACGGUGUUAGUACUGGAAUAGAUUAUGUAAAUAUCUUUCUUUUUUUAUAGAGGAUUUGUGCAGGUGAAAUUAUCUGUGAAAAACUGCCAAAUGCUAUUGCAGCCAAAUCCAGCAGGGAUGUUUUGUUUUAGCAAAACUGAAUGAAACAAAAGGCGAAAAAUGGUACCAUUUGUACACUUACUAUUUCUCUAAAAUAGGCCUGAAAUUUCACAAAAAGUUUCCAUUCUAAGAAGGGCAAAUCUGAAGCUUUGUAAGGCUAGUACAGCAGCUGUGUGAAAACAAACCUUGAAUGUAAAGCACAAGCUUGUUACAUUAAAAAAAAAAAAAAACUUUUUUUAAGAUCAGGAAAAAACAGAGAUUUUUGCUUGUUUGUUCAUACAUAAUUUGUUAACUGGGUGGACCAGGAUAAAGACAUCAUCUUAGUUUAUUUACAUUUUUACAUUUUCCUCUUGCAAUUUGUGAGACAUUUUGCAGAAUAUUUGUGGGGUUUCCCUAGUAUGUUGGAGUGGGCAGCUCACACAUGUAGCGGUAGGGCUUGUAAAAUGUGUGUUCUUACAGGAUAGGAUGUAAGUGAGGGGGAGGGGGGUGGGAGUGCUCAAACUACAUUCUCCACAUCAAAAUGGAGGUUAGCUUAAAUGACUGCUUCCAAAAAUGUAUAUGCUGUUUAAGGAGAUAUGUCUCCUCUUCAAACUCAGAAUUUCACACAGAACAAAAUUUCUCCUGAAGAUGCUCAUGCUCGUCUGAUUUUAUGACUUGAUCAGGCCGCAAGUUUUGCGAAACAACCUGAGGACGCUUGAAAGAGACACUCAGUCUCAGAGGAAGUCUUACCCGUGUGAAAUUUUUUGCAACACGAGACCAGGAAGUAAAAUGUGUACUACUGUUGCCAUAACAACCACAAGACCAGGAUGUAAAAUGUGUAGAUGCUUGAUCUUGAUACUGCCAUAUUAAAACACAAAAUUGGUUAUUUUUAAUGUAUUUAUUUUCUAAUCACCCUCCAUUCUAGGGUGCAAGCUUGUGAAAGAACGUGCUCAUAACAGAGGAUGAAUUAUGUUUACAUGCUAUCAGACUGGCUCUCAGGCUUGUUAUACACAGAAAAGGUCUGGUCAGGUCUAUGGCAGUUUAAGAGUGCAGUCCAUGGAGCUUCUGUGGACAUGGUUUAAAGGGCAUUGCAGCUUCGUAGGAUCUACCGCGCAUGUGAACGCACGAGGCCCUGGAAUCUUCUGGAAACUCGGACGCGGUGUCCGCGGGAGAGAUCUCUGUGUCUGUUUCCCUGUGGCCACAUCCCGGUUUCACUGCUGACUCCCUGAAGUCUUCUUUCAGCCCUGAAGCAUUCCUCCUUUCGCAGAGUGCCUGUGGCCCCAGGGUAUUUGAGUCUUCAGACCGCACUCACAUCAUCAGCCUUUCUGCUGCUCCCCUCGACUGACCAAAUUCAAAGUCAUGAAAGCAAAAAAAGACCAAAAGCACAAAGCAGUUUCACAGAUGUGUGCUUUUUAUUCAAUUCAAUUUUUCAUUGUUUUUACAUAUCAGUAAGUACACCAUAGUCUAUCGUGUAUCCACCAUCCUGCUACUAGUUUUAAUUCAUCCCACUUCUUCCUCCAACCCUUUGAGGUUGACUGUCAAAAAAAGCAUUGUACAGAAGUUCACUUCCUCAGUCUCAUCCAGAAAGGGCCGGUGUGGGUGUAGGCUUUUGUUCCAACCAAGCAGUGAUGAUUCUACAACACACCUGAUUCUACUAAUCAGGGUCCUUAGCAAAGACACUAGUGGUUGACUGUUAGAGCCAGGUGUAUUAUUGCUUGGAUGGAAUGAAAGCCUGCACCCACACCGGCCCUUUUUGGAUAAGAUCAAGGACCCCUGCCUUAAGAUAUUAAUUGUCGUAAUGAACGAGUUGUAUGUUGAAAGUAUUUGGGGAAAUUCAAUGUAAAGGGAGACCUGCCAUCCAUCUCUAAUUCGAUGGGAACGUUUUUCUGGGUACUGUUAAUAUGACAUCUGAGAAUUUUAAUUGCCGCCAUUAGAAAGUUGUUUUACUGGAACCUGUUCUAAAAUUAUGUUUUGGUCUUUUAAAAAAGGAUCGUGGUUUUGUAAGUUGAAAUGCACAAGAACUUUCAGAUGCAAAUUAAGUAGAUGUGAUUGCAAACGUGUAACAAUGUUUGAGUUCCAGAUGUUGUGAUUCACUUUAUGAUUUAACACGUUCUUAGUAUUAUUUUUUAUUUUUUUUUAGAUUGUAUUGAGAGGACAGAUGUCUAUGAAAGGAAAUCAAAUGGGAAUCUCUGUGUUAUCUUCUACUCCAGAACUGAGCUUUGGUUCCUUAUCAAAACGAUCAGUCGGAGUGAUUUGUAUGUAAGCAGAUUAACCAGGGGAGUAGUGACCAUUACAUCGUUUUCCGCAGUUUGUGGUACAGACAUUAUUAGCAUGUUCCAACUCACCACUGUAUUCAGCCAUUUGGCUGGUAUAGUAUUUAUGAACUACAUCUGUGACAAUGAGGCCUGAAGAUUAAAGUGCUGCGAGUGUUUGAACCAGGAAGCCUUCUGAGUUCAUCCUUGCAGCUGACCAACCAGUACAAUGAAAUGUAUGCCUUAUAAUUUUUGUCAACUUGUUUAAUAUUUUGUAAAUAUGCAUUGUUUUUUUAAAAUUUUUUAAACUUUUUCCACAAAAUUGCAGUUCAUCUUUUUUUAACGCAAAGUAAUCCAUAUUUCUGAUGAACAAAUGAUGAAAGAACACAUCUAGGGACGGAAAGGACACAUCUAGGGACCGAAAGGACUCAUCUAGGGACCGAAAGGACUCAUCUAGGGACCGAAAGGACUCAUCUAGGGACCGAAAGGACUCAUCUAGGGACCGAAAGGACUCAUCUAGGGACCGAAAGGACGCAUCUAGGGACCGAAAGGACGCAUCUAGGGACCGAAAGGACUCAUCUAGGGACCGAAAGGACUCAUCUAGGGACCAAAAGGACUCAUCUAGGGACCGAAAAUGAGUCUCAUACGAGGGAGAAUCCGGAACACGUCUUGCUCUGUGACCUGUGCAGACUUUCUAGUGGAUCCAAACAAAAAUGAGAAUUUGCUUAUUUCUUUCCUUUGGAACGAGUAAAUGACACUGAUUCAGCCCUGCCUUUGGUGAUGUACAGUGGGCUCCAGAAUUAUUGAUAAACUUGAUAAAUAGGCAAAAAAAUGCUUUAAAAA